AUGGCACCCAAGGUGAAGCAAGGUGUGCCCAAGCCAGCACUUAAAAUAGCUUUACGAACACCUACACCCAAGGGUUUUUCGCCUAAAACUGACAACGCCAAGUCAUCAUCACCAGGCUCAUUUACCGGAGCGCGCCCCCUCAGAUCUGUGCAAAGUCUGCUGCGCCGGAAGUCUUCGGCGACGUCUUCUACAGCAUCGUCCUCCACAGCAGCCUGCGAAUCUGUCGUACCGAAACCUAUGGUUAAGCAGACUGAGAGCAACAUACCUGUCCUAGCUUCCCGCACACGGUCUAGGACGGGCCCUGGCACGUUUCUCAAUCCUAAAGUUAGCCAAGAUCCUCCCUCGACACCCCAACCUGGAAAGCCAAAAGAGAUCGUUUCAAAUGUUCCCCAGCCCAGAGGAGAAUCACCGGGUAGCGUCCGGUUUCUAGGACGGCUCUCUGAUGAAUCCGAUUUCGAAUAUCAUUACGAUGCACAGAACGUCGUAGCCAAUGCCGAAGUCUUCGCUUCAAGCUCAAGCUCUGAGAGCGCCGUUGAAUCAUUCGAGGUCGCAGGCGAUGAUCUGCCAAGCCAUAUGCGUGGGUUAGGGUUUCGACUUCCGCCUGAGGCUACGAGGAAAAGUCGGGGAAAAGGUUGCGAGCUGCUCAUGACUGAGGACCUUCAUAGCAACCCAAAAGAGGCCUCGGCCACGCAAUCCAUCAUCUCAUAUGUUUCAUCGGAUUCAGAAUAUGUGGACGACGGCUGUGAUGUCCGUGACCAUGGUGUCCUUGAUGUUGAAGCUGCAGACCAAGCUCACCAUCGACGAAAGGCAGAGCUUAUGAGUAUUGUCAAGGGGCUACAGCUUUCCAAUCCCAAUGAAAAGAAAGUCAUCGAUGAAGAGAGCGACUAUAGCGACGAAGAAGGUUUGGCUAUCAGCGGACCGAUAGAUGUCAUCAAGCAUGGUCUUCCUUCCCCAUCGUCUCACUUUCCUUCUUUGAGAUUUCACGCUCGGCCCAAAUCGCCCAUCGAGAAGAGACCUUCUGAAGCUCCCAGCCUUGGUAGAUAUUAUCAGGAUCGUGAUUCGCAGAACUAUGAUGCUGUCACUUUGGCCGAGCACUCGCAAAUUGCGGCCGCUCGCGAGCGCAGAGCUUUUGGCAUUCCUCCAUUGGAGUCAGAUGAGGUGUAUGAGACUGCUAGCCGGAGAACCCAGGAGGUGUUAUCUCACGCGGACAGUAUUUUGCCUGCGAUGGGUAGCGAAAUUUGGCAUAACGACGAGUGCGACGAGUUGAGCUUAGGAGCGGAUGUUCCAUUCCGUACUUUCAGCGGAGGACGUGCUCGAGAAUCAUCUGGGCAGAAGAACCAGCAGCAACAGCCACGCCCGGGCGUAGCCGAGCCGAGAAAAUCACGUACAAAAUCUGGCAGCGGAGCGCAAAGCGACGAAUCAUCGGCAAGCCAGAACUUGUCAGAGUAUGUGCAGCACGGAGAAUUCGAGAGACGGAAGCAACCUUUGUUCGAUUCAAAGACGUGGAUAUCAGGCGUGCCCUCUGGGAUUGCCAGGCUAUUCGAUUGGUUAGAGGAUAUUCUGAAUCUGCAUACGCAAAUCUUCUCGGCCUUACAGUCCAUGGACUCAGAACAACGUCUUGUUACCGAGGGACGCGCAUGGGCUUUACAGGAGUUUGUCCCUAGAUUGGAGAUCUAUCAAUCGAAGACGUAG